AUGAGUCCGGCUCUGCUCAUCCUUGUCCUUGUUGCGCUCGUGUCAGCCCUGGCGCCUCCCGCGUGUCUGUUGGCCUGUGUGGGCAGAGAGACCCAGAAACAGACCCAGUGCUCUUCUCUCAACCAAAUCCGCUGCAUCUGUCGAACACUGUCUUCUCAAAUCGGUUCUUGUCUGCACGAGCUUUGCUCUUCCCACGUCCACAAGGCAGUAGACAGGUUCACAGGCACUUGCCAUGAGUUUGGAGUGACAGAGGCGAUUCAAGAGGAGAUAGUUGAUGGUAACAUGGGACAUGGCGGAGCUGAUAUGAACUACAGUUCAGCAUUCUCUAGUUCUGCAGAUUACGGCUCAACUACUCGCCACGAGCCCGACCCAAGCCCUACAAUCAUGCCUUCAACUACAAAUGAACCAACUAUCACCCCGACGGCUGAAGUCACCGCGGAGGCCACAAUGGGAAAUACAACCACCCACCAAGACUUCAGUCACUCGUCUUUAGUCCGCGGCACAACUACAACAACGACAUUCCUACCCACCGUGAGAGUCACGUCGUACGUCGAAACUACAGAGACACUGGCAGCAGUAACCGUGACUCCUAGUCCUCGAGUUAUCGCCACCACUCGGCCUUCUGCUUCAAACCAAGCUCUCGUGCUCAGCUCCGUGUCGCCCGUGUAUAUCCUGUUUUGUGUCAUUAUCAUUAUCUAUAAAUAA